AAAGGUAGCAUUCAGCUUUCACUUUGCAAACAUAAUUCCAGCAUAAAAUGCGAAUCAGACGCCUUACGUAAUUCCACUGGCCUUUACUAUAUUCCAAGCAUAAUUCCAGUUUCCAUCUCACCUUAACAGCCCCCCUUCUCGCCAACUGUGCCUCAGAAAUCACUUCCUUCUGGCUAUUUUCUUCCGCAAAACACCACUUCAGGUGAAGAGAAAAUAAUUUAACAGUACUUUUCACCUGGGUUUUCUCCUUUUUUUUUUUUUGGGUUCUAUAGUGGAGAACGAGUGUUAGUACGGUGAUGGCGGUGGCCACGCCGAAGAAGGCUAUUUCGAUUAUAGAGAAGGUGUGGAAGAAAGUCUAUGGGAAUUAUAGCACCAGUAGUGGUGGCGGAAGUCGUCAGAAUAAGAGGUGUUCGUCUGAAAGUAAGGUUGAUUUAUAUGAAGAUGAUGAUGAGACCACCAUGGAGCUCAUGCAGAUUGGUGCUGAAAGGGCUAAAAAUGUGUUGAUUCUUAUGAGUGAUACCGGUGGAGGCCAUCGGGCUUCUGCUGAAGCCAUUCGUGACGCUUUCAAGAUUGAGUUUGGCGAUGAAUACCGGAUAUUUGUGAAGGAUGUUUGGAAAGAAUUCGCGGGGUGGCCAUUAAAUGACAUGGAGAGAUCAUACAAGUUCCUAGUGAAACAUGGACAGUUGUGGAAUGUAGCAUUUCAUAGUACAUCUCCUAAAUGGAUUCAUGGCUGCUAUCUCGCCGCCAUAGCCGCCUACUAUACCAAGGAGGUGGAGGCUGGUUUAAUGGAGUACAGGCCAGACAUUAUCAUUAGUGUUCAUCCUUUGAUGCAACAUAUUCCUCUGUGGGUUCUUAAAUGGCAAGGUCUACAGAAGAAAGUAAUUUUUGUCACGGUUAUUACAGACCUUAAUACCUGCCACCCCACAUGGUUUCAUCCUGGGGUCAAUAGAUGCUACUGCCCAUCACAGGAGGUAGCCAAGAGGGCUUUACUAGAAGGCCUUGAAGAUACUCAAAUUCGCGUUUUUGGCUUGCCCAUUCGACCUUCUUUCGUCACUGCAGUUCUUUCCAAGGAUGAUUUGCGACAAGAACUUGAAGUGGACCCCAACUUACCAGCAGUGUUACUGAUGGGAGGUGGUGAAGGGGUGGGUCCUGUGAAGAAAACUGCUAUGGCUCUGGGAGAAUCUCUGUUUGAUAAAGAAAAUGGGAAACCAAUCGGGCAGUUGAUUAUCAUAUGUGGCCGUAAUAAAACUCUAGCCUCUACACUGCAAUCCGAGGAAUGGACAAUCCCAGUUAAGGUUAGAGGAUUCGAGACACAAAUGGAAAAAUGGAUGGGGGCUUGUGACUGCAUAAUUACUAAGGCUGGACCUGGUACAAUUGCAGAGGCAUUCAUCAGGGGGCUUCCUAUUAUCCUCAAUGACUACAUCCCCGGACAAGAAAAGGGCAACGUACCAUAUGUAGUAGACAAUGGGGCUGGUGUUUUCACCAGAAGUCCAAAGGAAACAGCUCAACUGGUGGCAAAAUGGUUCAGCACCAAGACAGAUGAACUCAAGAGAAUGUCAGAGAAUUCAAUCAAACUUGCGCAACCAGAAGCAGUCUUCAACAUUGUCAAAGACAUCCACAAACUUGCUGGGCAACGAGGCCCUCUACCCGCUGUUUCUCAUAUGUCAACAUCUUCAUUCACAAAAUUUAAUUAAUUAGACAUCUUCAGUUCUUAUAUGACUAAGUUCUCCCAUUAGAAUGCCCAUGUACAGUCAGUUCACAUCAUCAUUCUUUGCCAGUAGAUCAGUCUCUUAUUUUUGCUAGGUUUGGCAUUGUUUUAGGGUAUCUUUGGAGAAGUUAGAAUUGUUGUGAAAUAUAAUAAUGUAUUUUUAUGCCAAUGUUACUUUGAAAGGGAAGGGGAAUACAAAAGAAAAAGAAAAAGUUGUCUUACAAUAUAA